GCAGCCCUGCCAUGGCCAGCUUUGGGCUAGGCCUCCUGGCGCUGCUGCUGACCACCCACCCUGAACCCUCAAAGGCUCAGCACUGGUCCCACAGCUGGCACCCUGAAGGAGAGCAAGCCUCCAGCUCACUCCAUGACCCCCAACAUACUCCUGGGCCCCCAGGAAGGGUUCUGGGCACUGCAGCUCACAGCCCAGGCCAAAUUGUCCCCAACCUCCCAAGUGAUGUUCUGGCUCCCCCUGAGGACAGUGUGCCCUGGGAGAGUAGGACCAUGGCCCGGUGGCUCCUCCGCAGGAAGCAGCACCUGGUGCAGACACUGCUGGUAAGUAGAGUGAAAGGUCCCCAGCGUUGGCCACUAGGGGCCAGCUAAGAACUGGCUGGG